AUGGCAUCCAAGAGGAAAGACCCAUCUUCCAACCCUCUAAGGGAAAGAAAGACACCUCCCCCCUCCAACAGAAAAACACCCCCCCUCCAAGAGAAACCCCUCUAUGAGAAGGACCCAUGCUCCCCCUCUCCAAGGGGAAGACCCCCCUCGCCCAUACAAGGCAAAGAACCUCCUCCCCUACUAAAGAAAAGACCCCUCCUCCCCCCUCUGAGAAAGACCCCUCCUACCGCCUCCAAGGGUAAGACCCAUCCUACCCCAUCCAAGGGGAAAUCCAUUCCCUCCAAGUUAAAGGCCCCCCCCCCCCUCCAGGUAAAAAACCUCCUCCCUCCAAGGGCAGUUCACCUCCCCCUCCAAGUGAAAGACCCCCUUCCCCUCCAAGGGAAAUACCCCUCUUUCCUGUUCCAAGAGCAAGACCCCUCCUCCCCACCCAAGAGAAAAACUCCCCCCUCCGAGGAAAGUCCCCCCACCCAAGAGAAAGACCCCACCUCCCCAUCCAAGGGAAAGACCCCUCCUCCCCAUCCAAGGGAAAGAUCCCUCCCCUCAAAGGGAAAGUCCCCUCCAUCCCACCCAAAGGAAAGGCCCCCAACCCAAGAGAAAGACCCCUCCUUCCCAUCCAAGGGAAAGACCCCUCCUCCCCACCAAGGGAGAAAACCCUUCCCUCCUCCGAGGGAAAGACCCCCCUCCCCACCCAAGGAAAAGGCCCCCAUACCAAGAGAAAGACCCCCUCCUCCCCAUCCAAGGGAAAGACCCCCAACCCAAGAGAAAGAUCCCUCCUCCCCCUCCAAGGGAAAGACCCCCUGCUCCCCACCCAAGGGAAAGGCCCCCAACCCAAGAGAAAGACCUCCUCCUCCCCACCCAAGAGAAAGACGCAUCCUCCCCAUCCAAGGGAGAACACCCUUCCCUCCUCCGACGGAAAGACCUCUCCCCCUCCGCAGGAAAGAACCCCCAUCCAAGAGAAAGACCCUUCCUCUCCAUCCAAGGGAAAGACUCUCUCAUCUCCACCCAGGGAAAGACGCCCCAUCCAAAAGAAAGACCUCUCCUCCCAUCCAAGGGCAAGAUCCCUCCUCCACAUCCAAUGGAAAGACCCCUCCCUCCUCCAAGGGAAAGACCCCCCAUCCAAGAGAAAGAACCCUCCUCUCCAACCAAGAGAAAGAGCCCUCCUUCUUACACAAGAGAAAGACCCCUCCUCCUAACACAAGAGAAAGACUCCUCCUCCCCAUCCAAGGGAAAGAUCCCUCGUCCCCAUCCAAGGGAAAGACCCCUCCCCCCUCCGAGGGAAAGACCCCCCAUCGAAGAGAAAGAUCCCUCAUUCUUACCCAAGAGAAAGACCCCUCCUCCCCAUCCAAGGGAAAGGCCCCCAACCCAAGAGAAUGA